AUGCGCAAUGAAGAUGCUGUGAAAUUUAAUUCCAAACUCGGUGUCGUAUUAUCAAACGGUGCAAUGCAUGAGGGCCUAGAACCAUCUGGCCUACCUGUUAGACAACUCAUCAUGUCAGCGAUAAAUACAAUCAAGGAUAACAUCGAAGACGACGAACAAGCGAAGGAGAUUGCAGAGCAAGACAAUAAUCGGGCACAUAUAGUGGCUCUUGCG